AUGCAAGCAACCCGUGCUGGCGCUCACACCACGGUCGUCUUUGUGGGUGCAAUGAGGCAUCAUCCGCUGACGGAUCGACUUGUGGUGUUUAUUUCUUGUUGUUUUAAGGAGCUCUUGCUCUCUAACGCCAUACCCACGCCGCUUUCAUUUUGCGUCCCCCCCUCCCCCACUUUUUCUCUUUACGGCCCCGCCCUUGUGGAGUUUGGGUCAAGAACGCAGAAAAUGUCUAGUCACAGUAGUGACGUUUACGUCAUGGAGGACUCGGCGGCGUCGCAAACGGCGGGGUCCGCAGCCUCUCAGCCUGAGGGUCUGGUGCGCUCUUCUUCCUUCACCUCCUCGAAGUCGUCCAAUGGAGGGCGCGGCGGCCAGCCAGCGGCAGCGUCAGCGCGGGUAAUGUGUACAAUCGGCACAAACACGGAGCAGCAGGUGGAGGAAACUGUGAGCAGCCUGCUGCAGAGUGGCAUCAUGGGCCUUAUGCACACUGUCGCCGGUGAUGAGUUUGCCUACCAUAUGCUGCAAAAGAGCUCUCAGGAUGUUCAACGAGGUUGUGCCGAGAGGGUUAUAAGGGUCGCCCAAGGAGCGGUGGACGCUCUUCGUGAACUGACAAUGCGGCAAACGACGCCAAUGCGAGUGAAGGAGCCCCCGUCAGGAGUUGUCGUGGAGGAUGUGGGCGCCGAACCUGAUUGGCUAACGGAGCUGCGGCUUUCAAUGGCAAAAACCGAUAGUCUUCUUGAAGACAUAACCAAGCAGACCGAGGCUGUGUCGACAGCCGUGGAUGCGGCAAAGGCGACAGGUUCAAUUCCAAUGGUGCCGGCAGCUAUGCCAACGGUGCCUCCUCCUUCCUUACAACAGGCACCUUCUUUCUCACCUCCUCCGCAGGCUGAGACGGAGCGCAUACAAGAACUUGAGCAUGAGCUUCGAAGCAUGCAAGAACAGCUGGCAGAGGUACGUGUAGUUUUCGCGAAGGAAGGGGUUGAUAGUGUGAUGCCGCUCUACAGUGAACUACUGUCUUUGCGCGGUGCCAAGAGAGAAGCCGCAUUGCGAGACGUGGAAAGCACCAUGGCCUACCUUGCUACCCAGCAGUGCUGCUUUGAGCAACAGCUGGAGACAAUCGAAAGGCGCAAGCGUGCUCUUGACCUCGAAUCUUGCCGUCGCUUCUACCAGGGCGGAGACGCCGUGGUCGGUUUGGCGGCGGAUGUCGAAAAGUUGGCACAGCUCGGCCGUCAGAUUAACUUGCUUCGUGAUGAGUACCGACGGCGUGCGGCGGAGGUUGACCCCACGGUCGCUACCACCUCCACUGCGUGCAGGGGAGAAAAAAGGCAACGCACCUCCGAAGAUAGUUUCCGCGUCCUCCUUGAUCGCCAGUCCGAAAAAGAUGAAGAGCUCAUGGCGUUACGCGAGGAACUGAACACGCAACGAAGAGAAACGGAGGAGUGGAGGAGGCGCUACGAAUCCGCCGUUCAGGCGAUGAGCCCGCCCCAGCAGAGUACGUUCUUUACUUCCUUGUUGCGCGACGUGGAGGGUCGCGUCUCCCAGGAGGCGUUUGACAGGUGCGCCCUCUUGUGUCGGCUUUUCGGGUGGGAGCUGCUCGAGCUGAAGGAAAACACUGUUUCGCUUGCGCGUCUCGGGUGUGCGGAGGAACAGCUGACGCUGCCAAUGCCCGAAGCCUCGGGGGCUGAGAGGAAUGCCGUAGCAAGAAGUAUUGUAUUGGCGAAGAAGGUGUUAGAGGGCUCGGUGGUGAAGCGAGGCGAGCGGCAGGAAAGCCGGCACGCUGACGAGGAACAGUAUAAAGAACCCGGGGGUAGGGCGUCCACUCUGGAGGCGAAAGAGAACGCCGAGGCAGCGGCGACAGAUGUGGCGAGGGAGGCGACGCCGUUGCAGGGAGACGAGGACCGUGAAGUAGACGAGAGAGGCGAGGGUGCGGAUGAAGCAGGCGCAGAAGCGUCUUCGCAGGAGAACCCUCUCUUAGAAGAAGAAGACACACCGGACUCACCUGCUAAUUUGGAGCCUUCCUUCUACAACAGCGGUCUGUGGGAAGAAUGA